CUCCUGUAAAGGCCAGGAUGUAGCGAAGAAGGCUGGCGAAAAAAGAAAGAAGAAAGGUUGCAGUUAAUGAAAAGGAAAGUGGUUGUGUUUUAAUUCGUGUUUUGUCUUAACAGUUCAGACAAUGACAUCCCAGCAGCAGUCCGUCACGUUAACCCCUCAGGUCGGCUCACACCAGACAGCGAUGCUUCAGCAGCCACAACAACAACUAAACCAGCAGGAUUUUGACCCCGUUCAUCGGUUUAAAAUGCUUAUUCCACAAUUAAAGGAAAGUUUACAGAAUGUCAUGAACAUUGCUUCGCAAAAUUUUGCGCACAAUACUGCGAUUGAUAACGGAGUUGCAGAGAGGGCAGAAAAGCCACUGUCUCAGAGAAAGAGUAAUGAUGCCACAGUGCAGAGGUUUGAUAAGAGCCUUGAGGAAUUCUACGCCCUGUGUGACCAGGUGGAACUCUGUCUGCGAUUGGCUCAUGAGUGCCUCACUCAGAGCAUUGACAGUGCAAAACACUCCCCCAACCUGGUGCCCACGGCCACCAAGCCAGACACGGUGCAGACAGAGUCUCUGUCCUACUCACAGUAUCUCAGUAUGAUCAAGUCCCAGAUAUCCUGUGCUAAAGACAUCCAUAAUGCUCUUCUGGAAUGUUCCAAGAAGAUUACGGGAAAAAGUCAGCAACAAGGAAUUCUGUGAUGUUGCUCAAUCCCGAGUCGACUGUGCUCUGUAGGACUCCAUGGCAUUGAGGAUCUGGAGGAAUGGUUCCAAGAUUGAAUUUGUACAUAGAUGUCAGACAUGAUGCAAAAAAAAACAACAACUGAAUUUUGCAAUUUGUAAUUUGGACAUGUUUUGGAAAAUAAAUGUGUAUUUUUUAUUA